AUGGAAGCUCUUUUAUUUCCCUCUUGCAGCUACAGGAAGGUACCAGGAGACAGCUGCAGCGGCGGAGAUGUGGAGGCCCGGCUGGAUGGAGAGAUGCUGCCUUGUCCUGUCGGAGAGAGUAAUGAGUUCAUCCUGUACGCUGUGAGGAACUCCAUCCAUCGCUACGACCUGGCCACGGGCACUGACCAGGCUCUGCCUCUGGCUGGCCUCAGGGAGGCUGUGGCUCUGGACUUUGAUUAUGACCGCAACUGCCUGUACUGGGCCGACAUCUCCCUGGACACCAUACAGCGCCUGUGUCUGAAUGGCAGCACAGGUCAGGAGGUUGUCGUGAGGAAAGACCUGCAGAAUGUGGAGGCUCUGACCUUUGACCCCAUCAGUAGACUGCUAUACUGGGUGGAUGCUGGAGCGCAGAAGAUUGAGGUUUCAAACCCUGAUGGGGAUCUGCGGCACACCCUGCUCAACUCUUCCAUCCUCGAACACCCGCGAGCUUUGGUUCUGCUGCCCGGAGAGAGUCUGAUGUUCUGGACUGACUGGGGAGACCAAGCGCCUGGCAUUUACCGAAGCUACAUGGAUGGAACCAACGUGUCCCGCAUCGUGUCCGAGGGUGUCCGAUGGCCCAACGGCAUCACGGCCGACGACCACUGGCUGUACUGGACCGAAGCCUACAGCGACCGCAUCGAGAGGGCCGACUUCAUCGGAGGGCAGAGGCGCGUCCUCAUGGAGGGGCUGCCCCACCCGUACGCCAUAGCUGUGUUCAAGAAUGACCUGUACUGGGAUGACUGGUCUAAAAUGGGAAUCUUCAAAGCUCCAAAGGCUGGUUCCCAGAACAACGAGCUGAUUGUUGGCAGGCUAACUGGAGUCAUGGACCUGAAGAUCUUCUAUAAGGGGAAGAACAGAGGUCAUAACGCUUGUGCCGACCAGCCGUGCAGCCUGCUGUGUCUGCCUCAGCCCGGCCACAGGCACACCUGCGUUUGCCCGGACGGCGCCCCGACUCUAACGACGCCCAGCGGAGAGCUGCAGUGUCAGUGUCCCCAAGGCUACCAGCUCCACAACAACACCUGCAUCAAGACGGAGCACAGCUGUCUGCCAAACCAGUAUCGCUGCUCCAAUGGCCGCUGCAUCAGCAGCAUCUGGAAGUGUGACAGCGACAACGACUGUGGGGACAUGAGUGACGAACAAGAGUGUCCCACUACGACUUGUGACCCGUCCAACCAGUUUCGCUGCGUGGCCUCAGGUUCCUGCAUCCCUCUGGCCUUUAAAUGUGACCAUGAGGAUGACUGUGGAGACAACAGUGAUGAGGAGAACUGUGAUUCUCAUCAGUGUGGGCCCGAUGAGUUCACGUGUGCACGCGGUGUUUGCAUCCGCAAGAGUUGGCGCUGCGAUGGAGACAAUGACUGCAGAGACUGGUCAGAUGAAACAAACUGCACUGUGGGCCACCAUACCUGUGAGCCCAGCAGUUUCCAGUGUAACACAGGUCACUGUAUACCUCAGCGCUGGAAGUGUGACGGCGAUGAUGACUGUCAGGAUGACUCGGAUGAAGAUCCCCAACACUGUGAGGGAACUCAGUGUAAAGGCUUCCUGUGCUCCAAUCACACCUGCCUGCCAGCCUCCGCGCACUGCAAUGGCAUCAAGGAGUGUCCAGACGGCGCCGAUGAGAACAACUGUGAUCCCCUGUGCACUCGCUACAUGGAGUUUGUAUGUCAGAACCGAGCCCAGUGCCUGUUUCAGUCUCUGGUGUGUGAUGGGAUCAAACACUGUGAAGACGGUUCUGACGAGGACGCCGAGUACGCACAAUGUGCCGCACCGUCUGAAUUCAGCAAAGUGUGUGACAUCUAUACCUUCCAAUGUGCCAACGGAGUGUGUGUGAGUCUGGAGUGGAAGUGCGACGGCAUGGAUGACUGUGGGGAUUAUUCCGACGAAGCCAACUGUGCUGCUCCGACCGAGGUCCCAGGCUGCUCCAAGUAUUUCCAGUAUGAGUGCAAAAAUGGGCGUUGUAUCCCCACGUGGUGGAAGUGUGACCUGGAGAAUGACUGUGGGGACUGGUCUGAUGAAUACAUUUGUUCAGGUGGUUCAGAUCCUCACACUGUGGCCCCCGGCCCCUCCACGUGUGCGCCCAACCGCUUCCACUGUGGCUCAGGGGCUUGCAUCAGCAACACCUGGGUGUGCGACGGCUAUGCUGACUGCCCUGACGGCAGCGACGAGUUUGGAUGUCCGACAGCAGUUAAUGGCUCUGUGACUCCUGCCUUGGUACCCACUGAGAACCCUCAUUCCCCCGAUCGCUGCAGCCGGAGUCAGUUCCAGUGUCAGCGCCCCGCCCACUGCAUCCCCGACUGGCAGCGCUGCGAUGGACACGCCCACUGUCAGGAUGGCUCUGAUGAAGCACACUGCCCCACCCACGGGCCUCUGUCCUGUGUUAAUGGGACUCGCUGCUCUGAUGGUGAAGCCUGUGUGCUGGACAGUGAGAAGUGCGAUGGCUUCCUGGACUGCUCCGACCACAGUGAUGAAGAUGGCUGCACCGCGGACACCUUGGCCUAUAAAGUCCAGAACCUCCAGUGGACGCCAGAUUUCCUGGGUGGCAUCACUCUGACCUGGACCCGGCCUAAAAACCUUCCCCAGGACUCUUGCUCCUUCCUCAUCUACUACAGGCCUGUGGGCACAUUGCCGUGGACCCCUAUGGAUACCCACAGCAACAAGACCAGCUACAAACUGACCGUGCUGAAGCCCGACACCACGUACCAGGUGAAGGUGCUCACUCAGUGUCUCAGCAAACUGCACAAGACCAACGAGGUGAUCACAGUCAGGACACCAGAGGGAUUGCCUGACCCUCCCAGGAAUCUGCAGCUGUCCUGUGAUAAUAAUGGUGUGGAUGGGACAGUGGUGGUCUCCUGGAGUCCCCCCGACAAGAGCAACGGCCUCAUCAGGGAGUACAUCGUUGAGUACAGCGUGUUUCAAAGCGCUGACUGGACGUCGGCCAGAUCCAAGUCAGAGACGACUAAGGUGUACGAGCUGCGUCCAGAAACGCAGUACAAUUUCAGGGUGGCUGCGGUGACCAGUCGAGGGGUGGGAAACUGGUCCGAGGUGAAAUCCAUCACCCCUCAGAAAGCCCUGCCUCCUCCCUCUGUGAACGCCGACAGCAUCACCAACAACUCCAUGAGCCUGUCCUUUACAUUAACCUCUCCGUACAAAGUGGAACAGUACACUGUGAUCCUGUCCUGGCAGUUUGACACACACGUGAAGGAGAACAGGAACUACACGGUCACAUCAGGCGUCCUCAGAGCUACCAACCUGACAGCAGGGACGGUGUAUGAGGUGGCUGUGUGGGCUCACACCAGCGUGGGAGACAGCCCCACCACGCUGACGCAUCAGCAGACCAAAGGCCAGCAGCCAGAGCGGCCCCUCCUGAAGGCCAGGGCUGUCAACCAGACAGCUGUGGAGUGCAGCUGGACCGUCAGUGGAUCGCCUGCUCAGGUGUACGGUGUGUUUUAUGCCACCUCCUUCCUGGACUUCUACCUCAGUCCUCGUCAGGCGCGCACGCCCUCUGUCGGCCUCACAGUGACCGUAGACAGCGAUGAGCAGUUUCUCUUCCUGGUGCGGGUUGUUGCUCCCUUCCUGGGUCCUCCCUCCGACUACGCUGUGGUGAAAAUGAUUCCCAAUGAAAAGCUGCCGCCCAGGAACCUCCACCGUGUGCGAGUCGACAAAACUCAGGCUACGCUCAAGUGGCAGCCGCCCUAUGACAGCCCGAGCAAACCUUUGACAUAUGCAAUACACAUGCGGGAUGUGAUUCGUAAGGUGGAGCGGGACUACAAGCUGACCACCCAGAACAACACAGUGGAAUACGUGCUGAAAGGCCUGGAGCCUGGAGGGCGAUACAGCAUCUCUGUGCGCCUGCGAAACAUGAGCAAGGAGGCCAGCUUCACCCUCAGCACAGGUAUAACUGUGUGA